UUUAAUUAUUUCGUCUGUAAAGUUAGUCCACAUUUUCAAGUUUCCAUACACGAAACCUAAUUUGUGGACCAUAAGCUGGUACUCAAGGUUAUGUUAUCAGCACUAUAUAAACAGAGGGUCGCGUCAAAGAUAUGUAGUUGGUAUCGCCGAAAAUGAAGGUACUCUCCGUUGUGUCGGCUGCUUUGCUUGUGUCGUGCGUGUGCAGUCUGCGCGUGCCUCGCCUGAAGCCAGUACUGUCUCUGACAAGUCUGACGACGGUGAAGGGGACACCAGAGGAAUGCAAAACGUGCAUCGAGUUUGCUGGGCAGUCGAUCAGCACCCUUCUCAAUGCGAUUCUACAAGAGGAAGUGGACGCGUGCGGCGACCUGUGUCAGAUUCUUGUCGACAAGACCGGAAAGAAAGCGCUGGGAGCCGUCUGCACUAUCCUCUGUGACAUCGUGGGCAUCAAAGAGUUUAUCAACGCCAUUAACAAGGCAGACUUCGAUCCCAUUUAUCUCUGUGAACUUAUACCGGUGUGCCCCAUCAACGACAACGGUGAUGCCACAUUCACAAUGUUGGAAGUGACCCCUAAAAAAGGACCUCAAGGUGAGUUUGACAUCGGCUUCGAGUUCGUCUCUAAGAACGGUACAGGUACUGGAGAACUUGCUAUUGACAUCGCAACGGUGGACGGCAUUCCUGUUGGCGAUGCCUUCCUGAAUAUGGAGUCGCCGCCGGGUACAUAUCCCGGUACCAUCAAGCUGGAUGCGGAACCGAACCCCGACUGUGACCCUACCCAGGGACCAUGCGAAAAUUGGCAGCCAGGGCAAUAUAUCGUAACACUUGCCAUCUGCAAUGGUGAAUGCGGCAGCAAGCAUCCACACAGCAAAGUCUAUGAUACGAAGAAGACCACGUUCGAAAUCACGGAUAACUGAUGUCCAGUGUGUGGCAAUUAACAUUUGAGAGUGAAAUCAAUGUUUUACUAACUUUAGUGAUGUAUGCGUCCCACAUGAGUAUCCAUAGGAAACAAAAUAUCAAUUACGCUUCCCAAUUACCAAAAAUGUGGUCAAACUAAACCUGAUUGGCAAAGAAAAUUCUAAAUAACAACCAUACUAUUACAAGUGGUCCAUUUUAUUCCAGAUUAUUAUAAUUCAUGAUCACGUUCAAAGCAAUUGUACCAUAUUUUUGAAAGGUUUUGAAUUGACUAAAUCAGUAUAUACACAAUUAAGUUCCUAAUUAAAUGAACAUCCUAUAACAUAGUUUAUGAUGAAUCUGCAGAGAUUUAACAAUCGAAAUAAAUUUCAUUUUAAAGAUGUGGUAUAUAUCUAGAUAUGUAUAAUAACCAUAAACAUUAUAGACGAACUUGAUUCUGUUAAUAAAAAAUGACAAAAUACGGAA